AUGAAGGCUGUCCUGCGCACUCGCAGGUUGGGCCAGGCUACCCGCCUGAACCGCCCUUCGCUUUCUCAUCGCGCGCUCUCCUCGACUCCGUCAGCACGAGCCUCGCGCGCAGAGUCGCUGGCCAAGGCGGCUGAAGCCUCUGCGACUGCAUCCGAGCGUCUUUCCGCCGGCGGUCCACCGCUCGCAGGACCCUCGUACGCCGCACGUCAACAGGCCAACAACCUGGGUCGAUCGCAGCAGCUGCUCUCGGAGCCGUCGGAUUCCAACGCCCAGCUCCGACUCAGCUCGUCCCAAGCGCGCCGCUCGCGCGCCGCUCGAUUCGGCACCAGCAGACAUGUCGCCUACGCGCCGCCGACUUCGCUUCAAUCCAGCGCCGACCAGCUCGUGCGCUCGACGAGCGAGGGAGACGACGACGAGGCUGCGCUGGCAUACGCUGCGCCCGCAGGCACGUCGACCUCGUCGAUCUAUCUGCCCGAGUACGUCGCCUGGGCGAUCUCGCAGCUGAUUGCCGCCGCCAACGAUCCCAAGCUGCUCCGUGCCGACCACCUCAAGCUCGCGCACCUCACCGACCCGCAGGAGCACCUCGCCGAAGCGGCACACAUUCCGCCCAAGCGCUCAUCGCUCCUCCACCUCGCCACCGUCUCGCCCCAGCGCUACGCAGCCAUCCUCGCCGUGUUCUCGGAAGUGCGCCAGCGUCUGUCCCACCGUGGACCCGUGCAGGAGGCGGAUGCGGAUCUGGACGCCGUCCUGCCCACAUGGACGCCGCAGACCGUGCUCGACUUCGACUGCGCCGCGGGCGAGGGGCUCCCCACGUCGCUGCAGCACUACCACGGCUUUGACCGCAGGCCGAACCUGCUCAAGAGCGGCAAGAAGGUGGCGCAGGCUUCGGCGUCCAAUGCGUCCCCCGCGGACAUCAAGCCCGCCGCACGCGACGUGAAGCUCAAAGACGAGGGCGAGAAGAUCGUUGUCGAUGGCGUGACGUACUACGAGCAAGAGCCCUCGGAAGCGGACCAAGCCGAGACCGACUCGCAAGAUGCCGAGGCUGAGGUCGAGUACUUUUCCGGCUCUCCCUCGGCGAUGGCGUCGGUGGAAAAGACGUUCCAAUCGGUGCCUCUUGCCAAGGACCUUGUGGGAGCAGCGGCGGGCGGGCGGUCGCUUGCACUGUCUGCAUUUGCCCUCAGCCUGAUGACCAACGACGCGAACCGGUUCGAGGCGGUGCAGGCGCUGUGGGACUCGGGGGCCGAGGUGAUGGUCAUCAUCGAUGCCGCCACGCCGCGCGGGUUUGCGAGUGUGGCCUCGGCGCGCGCACAGCUGCUCGAGCUCGGUCGACAAGCGCGGGGAGACGAGAGGGUGCAUGUGGUGGCGCCGUGCUCGCACGACAAGCCGUGUCCUCUGCUGCAUCCGUUUGCCAUCGGCAGCUCGGUCGCCGCCACUGUGGGCGCAAGGGCGGAUAUGGGCAACCCGUUCAAGUCGAACGACGUGUGCGGGUUCUUUGCCAGAUACCAUACACCGACGUUCCUCAGACGCACGAAACACUCGGAUAGGGGAGAGGAGAAUGUGGCCUACUCGUACGUCGUCGUUCGUCGCGGACCAAGACCAGGCCUGCUCAGCGAGGCACAGAGGAGGGCGGCAAAGCAGGGCGGAAAGAAUGUCGAGCGCAUCGCGGCCGAAAUGGCAGACGAGGCCAGCAGCACCAAGUCUGGCAUUCUUGAUCUCAUCCGCAGCGCCAAGCUCGAUGCUGGCAAGCGCAGGCAGCUCGAGGAAGUGGACGCCAGCGCCGCCAUCGCUGCGCCCGAGCGUGCGCACGAGGACGCGGAGGGCGAAAUGAGCGAUCAACAAGCCAUGGACGAGCUGCUCAAGCUGCUCCCCGACGCACUCAAGGCCGAGAUGCAACCCGAGGGCUCGACUUCUACGGCCCAACUGACGCCCGAGCAGCUGGAUACCAUCAUGGCGUCGGUACGCUCUUCGCAAGCGUCUAGCUCGGCCUCUGGCGAUGUGUCGAUCGAGGCUGUCGCCGAGGGUGGUGUGGGGGAGGAUGGGAUGAUUGGCGUGACGAUGCCUACGGCGGGCGAGGAGCUGGCGAUGCGGCUCGAGUCGUACGCGUGGCCACGGCUGAUCAAGCCGCCGCUCAAGAAGGGUGGGCAUGUGACGUUCGAUGCGUGCUGCAGCACCGGCAACGUCGAGCGGUUUACGAUCAGCAAGGCUGCGGGCAAACAAGCCUACCAGGACGCGCGCAAGAGCAAGCAAGGCGAUCUCUUCCCGCACCCGCCCCGCUCGCGCUCGGUGAUCAAAGCGCUCAACCCUCUCACGGCUCUCGAGUACCAAUCUGGCGCGGAAGAGGUGGAUUUGAUGGAGAAACUCACGAUUCGUGCGCCGAGCAAGCUGAACCGUUCGCAGCAGCAGGUUCAACUCGUCGGUAUGGAUGGAGAGGAUGCAGAGGAUAUUCUCGCCGAACUGUAUGGGGAUAUGGACACGGAGGGUGGAAAGCCGAUUGAUGUAGGCAUGGCAUCGUACCGACUCAUCUCGCCCAACUUGGUGACACCCACGCGCAAACAGCAGAAACAAAUCAGCAUCAACUAUGCCAACAAAUGGAACACUCCGGCAACCACCAAGACACGCCUCACCAAUCCACGCACCAACCUCAACUCGACCCCUCAACGCAAACCCACGCCCACCAGCACCCAAGGCGACGGCGACAGCGACGGAUUCCAAAGCUCCCUCCACCCGCCAGAGCGCAAAGUCCGCCGUUCCUCGCGUAAGAAAUCGCGCGGCGAUUGGGAUAGCGAACUGUUCGGCCACUAA